CUGGCCCGCCGCGCCGUUCCCCCCGCGCCCAUUUGGUGACAGCCACCUCCCUGGGGACCUCAGGGCCCUUUAAAUCCCGAGGGGGGGGCGCGGGGCCUGGAGUUGUUGGCUGGGAGUUUCCACGCUGUGCUCCACUCGGCGAAGGGACACGGAGACGAGGGACACCGCACCCCUGGCUUGCGCCGCUCUUUGCCGAUUUCCUCUUCGCGCCGCACCGGUGUCCCCUCCGCAUGCCCCGCCGCGCCAUGCCGCUGCACGGGGAGAAGCAGCUGGCCGCUGAGGACCAGCAGGGCGACCUGGACUCACCGAGCUGCUCUGAGAGCCUGGCCUCACUCAGCGACUGUGAGGGCUCCCGGCAGAGCCUCACCAGCGACUCCUCCAGCAAGUCCAGCUCUCCCACCUCAGCCAGCCCACCCCGGGUGGUGACCUUUGAUGACGUCAUGGCCACAGCCAGGAACCUGUCCAACCUGGCCCUGGCCCACGAGAUCGCCGUCAACGAGAAUUUCCAGCUGAAGCAAGAGGCCCUCCCAGAAAACAGCUUGGCUGGGCGCGUGAAGAGCACCGUGCACCGGGCCUUCUGGGACGUGCUGGAGUCCGAGCUGGCCGCCCGGCCCCCUGAGUAUGCGCACGCCAUCCGGCUGUUUGAGGAGAUCAGAGAGAUUCUCCUCUCCUUCCUCACCCCCGGCGGGAACCGGCUACGCACCCAGAUCUGUGAAGUACUGGACCCCGACCUCAUCCGGCAGCAGGCUGAGCACAGCACUGUGGACGUCCCAGGCCUGGCCUCCUACGUCAUUGGCGUGAUGGGCAAGCUGUGUGCGCCUGUGCGGGAUGGCGACAUCCGGGAGCUCAAGGCCACUGGCAACAUCGCGGAGGUGCUGAGGCAAAUAUACCAUGUGCUAGACCUCAUGAAAAUGGAUAUGGCCAACUUCACAAUCUGGAGCCUGAGGCCGCACCUGCAGCGCCAGUUGGUGGAAUACGAGAGAGCCAAGUUCCAGGAAAUUUUAGAUGAAACUCCAAGUGCGCUAGAGCAGACCACGGAAUGGAUGAGAGAGUCUGUGAAGGAAGAGCUACUUUCUCUUUCUGAGGAGGCUGCUUUAGCUUCUGGGGCGGAAAACAGCUCCAGGCCAAACCUGAGCCCCCGACUGGUGCUGAACCACAGCUACCUGAAGCUGCUGCAGUGGGAUUAUCGGAAGAGAGACUUGCCGGAGACUCUUGUGACGGAUGGAACACGGCUUCAGGAGCUGACAGAAAAGCUGAGCCAACUGAAGAUGGUCGCCUGCCUGUCCCUGGUUACCAGCAGCACGGUGGGUGCUGUCACGGAAGGGCUGCCGGAGCUCCCACAAAGGCUGAAGAGGACGGCUGCUGUUCUCCUGGAAGGCAUGCACGGAGAGACUUUCGACCUGCAGGGGGCGCUGAGCUCCAUCGGGGCCCACACCUGCGCGGAAGUGAGCAAGGAGCUGGCCGAGAGAGGUUUCCCAGCUUUGGGUGCUGAGGUUCAGGCGAAUCUCGUAGGUCAAUUCUCGAGCCUCAAAGACGAGAACAACCCUGUCCGGGCCUUGAUCGAUAAACGGGUCCAGCUCUACAUGAAGAGCCUCCUUUGCCUUCCUAGCCCCCCAAAGUCCAUGCCUCCCAUCCCGGGGGGCCUGGCUGUGAUUCAGCAGGAGCUGGAAGCGCUGGGGACUCAAUAUGCGAACAUAGUGAACCUCAACAUGCAAGUGUACGGCCCAUUUUAUGCAAAUAUCCUCCGGAAGCUGCUCUUCGGGGAGGAGGCCAGCCAGAGGGCAGACACCCAGCUUCCCUCAGACUGAAGAGGGGCCAGCCCUCGCUUGGGGACCCGCUUCACAGCGAGCGGCGUUACAGACAGGCGCACUCUCCGUACCAUCCCGAUGCGGGUCACCGGACAGCCCAGAUGGCACAGACUCUGCCUGCCCAUCAUUUUCAAGUUUAAAACAGACAUUUUUAACAAACAGAAAGGAAUUUGUAAUUAUAUUACUGAUAUAAUACUUGGGUUUUCUUAAAUAUUUGCAUUUGGCUUAUAUAUUCAACCUACAAAGAGGUGUUUUCCUCAUGUAUAACUGUCACAUUGGAUGGUUCUGAACUUGGGCAUAACUCCUGAAAGGUUGAAGUUGAAAAGCCGGAUGUGGUGGCACACACCUGUAAUCCCAGCAUUUUGGUGGCUGAGGCAGGAGGCUCACCUGGGCUAC